GUCCUUGACUCAGUGUAAACAGUGCUCACGCACCCGGCUGCUAUCAGCCAGCCCGGGCUUGUCCUCCGCCCAAAAUACGUGUCCCCGACUACUAGGAGAGAAUUAUCCCAGCCGGACCCGGGACUCACCGAGGCCAUAAAUAGCCCUGGGAAGUGGCCCAGCCCUCUUCACUGCUGGGGAAGAGAUGGAGUCAGGCUCGCUGAUGGCAUCUGGGCCGUUCGGGGCCGGGGGAAGCUGCCUGAGACCCCUGUGCAGGAAUUUUGCCCGUGGGUCCUGUCGGUGGGGCCAGAGCUGCCGCUUCUCACAUGACAGAAAAUCAGCCCAGGUGUGCAGGUACUUCCAGCGUGGGUUUUGCCGUUAUGGAGAGCAGUGCAGCUACCAGCAUGUCCAGGAGGAGCCAGCACCAGUAGGGACACAGUAUGGUCUGGUGCCCCACCACCACUGGAGCCUGGAGCCUGACACUGAGCCCACAGCCAUGGACCGGGACCAGGGAGGAGCCCAGUGCACCUCGGUCCACCCUGCCCACAGCGUGACACGUGUGGCCUUCAAAUUCCCGAAAGUGGAGGUUGAAGUGGAAGAGAAAGGCAAGAAGAACAUCCCAGCACUUGGUAACGUUCCCCUUGGGGCCAUCGGUGGAGAAUUUGUCCCUGUAAAAGCUCGGGGUGCCUCAGGCUUCCAACCACAAGGGCCAGCACUGGAUCCAGACUCCUCUGACCCCAGAGGGGCAGUUGUGGAGAUGGCAACAUGGACUGACCCUGCAAAGGUCCCUGCAGAGCCAGCCCUGGUCAGCACCGCAGCACUGAGAGCCCAGAGCGAGGCCGUGGUGUGUGGCAUCUGUAUGGACAGGGUGUACGAGAAGCCGCUGCCAGAGGAGCGGCUCUUCGGGAUCCUGCCGAACUGCAGCCACGCGUACUGCGUGGGGUGCAUCCGCAAGUGGCGGCGCAGCCGCGACUUCCAAAGCACGGUCAUAAAAGCCUGCCCAGAGUGCCGGAUCACCUCCAGUUACUACAUCCCCCACAAAUACUGGAUCUCAGACGUGGGUGAGAAGGAGAAGCUCAUCAGAACCUUCAAGGCACGGACAGGGAAAAUCAGGUGCAAAUUCUUCAUCCGUGGCCACUGCCCUUUCAGAUCAGAGUGCAUCUACCUGCACGAGCUGCCUGCCCGCCGGCUGCUGCGGCACAGGCGGCAGCGGCCGAGGAUGCCCGCUGUGUUCAUCCCUUCUUCCUCGGAGAGCUCUGAUGAGGAGGAUGAGGAGUUCUGCACACUCGAGUGGGCCCUUACCCUGGCCAUGCUGGAGACAGAAUUUCACUACUCCAGUUCUGGCCACGAGAUGCUUCUCAUUGACUUCAGCGAUUCCGACUGAGCCUUGGAGGCCACGCUGGGUCUGGGUGCUGCUGGUGGCCAGACACAUCUCCGGGAGGCGGAAGCAUCUGCUUUUGACUCCUGCCAUUGUUCUGGGGUGGCUCCAGCCGUGGGGGUGU